AUGCAGCGACUCAUUAGUGCGUACGCGACCUUUCUCGGUCUCCCGUUCGGACCGGAGCUCGUGUCAAUGGUGUCAAGCCCAAGUAGCCUGCAGGAGAGCAACGUGAACGACGCCAUUGCGUUCAUUGAAGCCCAGCGCCAACGCUUCCACUACCCGGGUCUCGCCCUCGCCGUCGUGCAAGGCAACCAAACGUUGAUUGCCCGCGGCUUUGGCACCAAGCAGUUUGGUCAGCCGUGGCCCAAGAGCAACAUCACAGUGCCCAGCUCCAGCGUCCUUCCCGGCACAUACCUUUUGGACAAGUCACCCGACUACUACGGCCCGAUUGUCAUCUCGCUUCGGAACGGCAGUUUGCACUUUGCCUAUGGCGCCAUCAGCGUCGACCUCAUUGCGGUGAGCGACACCACGUUCAUUUUGCCGUACGACCUCAUGGCGGCAGAGCUCCGUCUUGCGUUCACCGUCCCGACGACGCCGGGGACCAAGCCAACACUCGACUUUUCCGGCUCGCCUGCGCACCAAGUGUAAACGCCCGCCUUUCAUCGAUCGCGGGCUGUUCGACGACGCGUCCUGUCGUCGUUUGAGCAAGACAGAGGGCACCAGAGUGUAGUAACCACGCUAUACAACUCGUCAUUUUGU